AUGGCAGAGAAACCGGAGUACAGCAUCAAAUCCAGUGGUACAACAUUUUUGUUGGUGGACGAAGACAUUCAGAUUGACACUGCGAAAGCUAAUCGUAGCAUAAGAGUCACAAGCAUUCCAGAAGGAACUACGGCAGAAGAGCUUGUUAUUCACUUUCAACGUACUGGGAAUGGCGGAAGCGAUGUCGAUGAAAUUGUAAUGAAUAAACAAGGAUCUGCAGUGAUAACAUUCGACAAAGCUGAAGCUGUGAAAUCAGUUCAAGAGAAGAAACAGAUGUUUAAAGAAAUUGUUUUAACUGUGCAACCGUGUGUCACGGUUGAUGAGGAGGUGUUUGAGCUGGUAUCUGCAGAGAUUUGCCUAGCAACCGUCGAAUUUCUUACCCGUCAGCAUACAGAAGUUGUCCUAAAGGAAAUUGCUGACAAAACUGGGAUCAAGUGGCUCCAUGUUAGUGACACUUUCAUGAUGUCAGGAACCCUGAAACAAGUGGAAAUGUCACGUGGGUAUCUUCAGCAAGCUAUAAGUCAAUAUGGUGGAAUAGCAGAAUACAACGAGAUGAAGAGGAAACUCUCAGAACCUCAGAAUUUAAGAAGUGGAGAGGCCGUGUGUUAUAAAGAAUACACUGAGGAGGAGGUUGGGAGAACCAAUGCCAUAAUGAAGGCAAAGAACACGCGGGAAAAAGACCCUUGUGACGAGGAAACAGACGCAACGCAAACUGAUCACAUGGCCCCAAUAGCAACCGUUAAAAUUCAUGAUUUUGAGGUCGAUCCAAAGCUCAUAAAAGUAUUUGUGAGGGUGCACAAAGCUGAACUUAACGAUAUCGAGGUCGAAUACCACGUAGAGGUACCAAGAGAGGCGAAAGAAGGAAAAAUUACCCUUAACCCCGCAAACAAAUGUACAGGUGAAGGAUACGAGAAGGCGUGCGACCGGUUCAUCGAAAUGUAUCAGCAAAUAACUCAAGUUAUGAAGAUGGAGCGUUUCUCGCUAAGGAAUGACAAAAAUGUAACCAUUUCCCGAAAGAAGAUUCAUGAAAUGGGUAGGAAAUUUCCGGUGUUGGUGGAGGUAUGCAAGGAUAAAAAACACUGGGAAGUGUUCGGGAGGCAACAUGAUUUAGAAGAAGCCUUGCGAUAUCUUCAAAACGAGGAAGUAGAAAUAGAGAAGCAAUCCGAAAAGGGGAAGCCUCCUGGCGAUCUAAGGAAUGGCGGCGAAGGGGCAAAGGACGCCAAUCCAUCAGAGUUUGCCAAGGUCAGCCGAAUUAAAGAUGUACUGGAAGCCUACGUAGGGAGGGUCAAAGUUUCAGUCUCUCGAGGAGACCUUACCACCGAAAAGGUUGAUGCUAUUGUUAACGCCUCCAAUGAAUCUCUUCGACACGAUGGGGGUCUCGCUAAGGCCAUUCUUGACAAAGGUGGAAAAUUAAUUAGCCAAGAAUCGAACAAGAUUAUUAAGAAGCGCAGAUCUUUGAAGGAAGGUCAAGCAGUGUCAACUAAAUCAGGAGAUUUACCGUGUAAGUUGGUCGUUCAUGCCGUAGGGCCAGAGUAUCGAAGAAUAGGAUUAACCCAGAGUAAAGAAGUUCUCCGCCGAGCCUGUUUUAACAGUUUGAGAAUCGCACAAGAAGAGAAAUUGACUUCCAUUGCUUUACCAGCGAUCGGAUCUGGCACUAAUGGCAUGCCCAAAGACGCCUGUGCUGAGGUGAUGUUUGAUGUCGUCGACGAAUUUAUUCGACAAGGAGAUCCUAAGAAGAAAACAAUCACUGACGUCAGAUUCGUGAACAUGGAUGAUGCCUCUUUUCAAGCAUUCAGGAAAGGGUUCAUCUCUCGAUAUGGCCACACGGGAGACGACGGACGUGGAUCUUUCCACUCGAGUCCAACUGGUGCUGAAGGUACUGAUUUAUACACGCAAACGUAUAGACGAAAUCGUGGCAAAAACAAGGACAAGAGUUCCGAGGCUAAUGGUGCAUUAGCAAAGUCUAGAGAUGUAUCUGGAAGCCGUAAUUUCGAAACCAAUUUUUAUCACCCGCUGGAUGCCACGGCUUCUGGUGGUUCAUCGCUUCCAAACCUUUCUUACAGUGGCGCUGUUAAGAAAUCUACAGAUUUUAAUUCUGAAGAAAAGGAGAUGGGGUUUUCCCUUCCCCCUGGGGAAAAUAAAGCUCAGACGGACGAUAAAGAAGAUGAUCCCUGUCCCAUCUGUCUUGAUACUUUAACGAAACCACGGAAAUUGAAGUGCAGACACACCUUCUGUUCGGACUGCCUUAAACAAGCUUUGAAUGCAAGCAAUAAAUGCCCAGUGUGCCAAGAACCGCAAGGUGUCCUUCAAGGAAACCAGCCUCCUGGAGAGAUGCGAUAUCGUGUUGAUCGUUUCAGUGUUCCAGGAUAUGAAGGUCACGGCACGAUAGUCAUCGAAUACAGCUUUCAGUCAGGAGUUCAAGGAAAGGAACAUCCUCACCCCGGGCAGCGGUUUGGAGGCACGACUCGCCAGGCAUAUCUUCCCGACACGCGUGAAGGAAGAGAGGUGUUACAGCUUCUGAGGAGAGCCUUUGAUGCUCGCUUGGUGUUUACCAUUGGUACGUCAAAUACUACAGGCCUUUCAAACCAAAUAACUUGGAAUGAUAUUCAUCACAAGACCAACUUGAGUGGAGGAACUUUUGAGUUUGGAUAUCCCGACCCAGAUUACCUGAGGAGAGUCAAAGAGGAGUUGGCUGCUAAGGGAAUCCGCUGACUAAAGCAUUGAAAUUGAUUCCUUAUUGUUAAACUGUGUUUCACUGAAUUGAAAACUAAAAACGAGACUGUAGAAUUAAGUACACAAGUAACAUCCAAAUUUACGUUUUUUGUCGUUUUCAUUGUUGUUGUGAGUACAAUCAAUAGAUUUGAGAACUUAUGAUAGGGUAAGAUAGAUUACGCUCGUAAAUUCGAGCGUUAUAGUUUCGAUCGUAACCCCUGAAACAUGGCAUUAUGUCCAGAAUUAUGUUCACGGUUUUGAGUUUAUUUCUAUUAGUUGCUCAUAUGUAUUAAGAGCGUUUAAGAGCCGUUCCCUUCCUCUCCUUUCCUGCCACCGCGAAGUAAAACUUAUAAGGGAUAAAAGGCUUUGCACUUUAAAACGAAUUGGGCAGUGCAUUUUCGGGAUGCCAUUAGAUAUAGAGUGUUUAUUGAUUUUUCUAGAUGUAAUCAAUUACUAUCCGUGUGAACUGUGGUUUAUUAUAUCUCUCAGUUAGUGAGUACAAGUACUAUUGUCAUGUCUCAUUUCAUAUAGGUACGGUUGCGAAUGCGCGUUAGGCCUUUUGCCAAUUGCUUGACUCCAUAUUGAAAUUAAACUUGUUGUGUUAUUGAACUGUACUCUUCAGUUUCGACUACUCGAAACCCUUGAACAGUCAAUUAGGCGGACAGUGUUUCACUUUACGGCUCACUUAUUCAAUAGUUUGAGUGAGUCAAAAUCUUGCUCCUCUAUUUGAAAGAAAAAACUGGGUCCAUAACUUAAA